AUGAAACAAGAAUAUCCAAAUGCUUCUGAUACAUCCGAGAAGUUACCAACAUGCACUACUAAUACAAGCACUGUUGAAUAUCAACAACAAGUAGACGUACAGAAAAUAUCGGCGGAAUGGAGCAUGAUUUGCAGUCUUUCCUAUAUUAUUCCAGGAAUGUUUUCCAAUAUCAAUCUCGCCACAUAUAGUGACGUUUACGAAACUCUUCCCGAAUCAAGAAAACGUAAACAUGUUUCACCUUUAGAUAACAUGAAGAGGGUUUUAGAAUGUUAUUCCUCAGACUUCUCGCCAAAAGGAAAACGCUGGAUGUUCAUUUUAUUGAUAUUUAUCUUUUCAAUGUCAGCCAUUUCAAAUUUAAGCAGACACAACAACUAG